AUGUCGUUGCGGGAGCGGAGCCUGGGCGGCGCCGGGGAGGACGCGGCGGCGGCGCUGGCGGAGCCAGACGGUCCGGACCGGUGCCUGUCGCUGCUGCCCUGGGACCGUUUCUCGGCCUGGCUGCACUGCGUGUGUGUGGUGGGCUUCGACCUGGAGCUGGGCCAGGCCGUGGAGGUAAUAUAUCCUCCACAUUCAAAACUCACAGAUAAAGAGAAAACCAAUAUUUGCUAUUUGUCUUUUCCAGAUUCUAAUUCAGGUUGUCUUGGGGACACACAGUUUUGUUUUAGAUUUCGGCGGUCUCCUGGAAGGAAAGUCUCAUUGUGUUGUUUUCUGGACCAAUUGGAUAGAGAUCUACCAGUUUACUUAAAGAAAGAUCCAGCAUAUUACUAUGGCUAUGUAUAUUUCAGACAAGUUCGAGACAAAUCAUUAAAAAGAGGUUACUUCCAGAAGUCGCUGGUCCUCAUCAGCAAACUACCUUAUGUCCAUCUCUUUCGCACCAUGCUUAAGCAAAUAGCACCAGAAUAUUUUGAAAAAAGUGAAGCUUUCCUGGAAGCAGUUUGUAGUGAUGUUGAUCGUUGGCCACCACCAAUUUCAGGGAAGAUACUGCAUUUGCCUAUUAUGGGUAUUAUAAUGAAGUUGCGGAUUCCAACAUACCGUGACAAGCCUGGAACAAUGCCAAUAGUACAGAAUAUGCACCAGGCAGAUGCUCAGAUCUGUAUGGCUUUACCGACUGUUCAUGAAGUAGAUCUUUUCAGGUGUUUCUGUCCAGUGUUCUUUCACAUUCAGAUGCUUUGGGAACUAGUACUGCUAGGAGAACCACUUGUCGUGAUGGCACCAUCACCAUCAGAAUCUUCAGAAACCGUGUUAGCACUUGUUAGCUGUAUUUCACCGUUAAAGUACUGCAGCGAUUUCAGGCCAUACUUUACUAUACAUGACAGUGAAUUCAAAGAAUAUACGACUCGCACACAAGCCCCACCAUCUGUCAUUCUAGGGGUGACAAAUCCUUUUUUUGCUAAAACACUUCAGCACUGGCCUCACAUUAUCCGAAUUGGAGAUAUAAAACUUCCAGGUGAAGUUCCAAAGCAGGUGAAAGUGAAAAAACUGAAGAACCUAAAAACUUUGGACUCCAAGCCUGGUGUUUAUACCUCUUACAAGCCGUAUUUGAACAAAGAUGAAGAAAUUGUUAAACAGUUACAAAAGGGUGUACAGCAGAAACGUCCCACAGAAGCACAGAGUGUGAUUCUUCGGCGGUAUUUUUUGGAAUUGACGGAAAGUUUCAUUAUUCCAUUAGAACGUUAUGUGGCAAGCCUAAUGCCUUUGCAAAAAUGCAUAUCACCAUGGAAGAGUCCACCACAGCUGAGGCAGUUUAGCCAAGAUGAUUUCAUGAAGACACUGGAAAAAGCAGGACCACAGCUCACAUCAGGUUUAAAAGGAGACUGGAUAGGACUUUACAGGCAUUUUUUGAAAUCGCCCAACUUCGAUGGUUGGUUUAGGAGCCGGCAGAAAGAAAUGACACAGAAGUUGGAGGCCCUUCAUUUAGAAGCACUCUGUAAUGAGAACUUGGUUUUCUGGAGUCAGAAGCAUACUGAAGUAGAAACAGUGGAUCUUGUCUUAAAGUUAAAGAAUAAAUUGUUGCAGGCUGACAGAGAACAGCUUCCUGUGAAAACUGACACUCUGAAAAAGCUGCAGACACACAUCAAUGAUAUUAUACUAGCACUUCCAGAUGACUUACAGGACAUCUUGCUCAAAACUGGCACAACGUGAUGUCUACUGGGCUUUUUUUGUGCGGAAAACAAAAGGCAAAUGUAGUUUCACAGAACGCAGUGGCUAUGAACUUUGGAACACAGCUCUAAAUAGUAUAUUAACACUACGAAUGGACUUUACUAAUAGUAUAGCCCACUAUACUAUUUCCACUGUUUUUUUCCACUUAAAUACCAAUGCAACUAAAGGAAUUCCUGUGUCUAAUAAUGUUUGAAAUAAGUGCUCUUAAAGAAAAAUCUGUGUGCAUAUGAAACUAUACCACAGUAUAGGACCACAGUGCAGUGCUGGCAUUGCAGAAUGUUUUCUCAUUGGUGCUGCUAAACCCAAUCCUGUUAACUCAGGG